UUUAUGUCAUUGAAUGCGCCUUUAGGUCGCCACUUCAAGGCUGUUUUCGGGGUGACCUCGUGGUUGUCAAAGUGAACCGCUUCAUUAUUAACCACCAAAGUAAACAAGACUUCUUCUCUGCAGUCAGGAGAACUUUCUCUGAGCUGUGUAGGAAACUUAGUGGUCUAACGUAUAACGGGAUAUUAAGGUCUCCUCCUUCUGCAGCACCUGCAAACAUGACACGGAGGUCCUGUGCAAUCUAUGCGGUCGGGAUCCUCUGCGCCACCCUGCUGGUCGUCGGCAUUGGUUUAUUUGUGGGUCAAGUUUUCCGCAGUUUAAUGCACAACCGCCUCAAAAAGGAGAUUGUUUUGGUCGAGGGCAGCCGUGUGUUUGAGUCAUGGAAAAGCCCUCCCCCUCCCGUCUACAUGGAGUAUUUUUUCUUCAAUGUGACCAAUCUGGACGCAUUCCUUCUAGGGGCCAAGCCAGAGGUCAUGCAGGUUGGACCCUACACAUACAGGGAGUACAGGUAUAAGGAGAAUGUGACAAUGGGGGAAAACGACAAGACGGUGUCCGCAUACAACACCAAAAGCUUUGUGUUCAUGAGAGAGAAGUCUGUGGGUGACCCAGCUGAGGAUAGCAUCACCACUGUCAACAUCCCUGCUUGGGCCGUAAUGGAAAAGGUGAAGGGGACUUUCUUUAGGGCCUCCAUGGUGACAUUUUGGAUGAGUAGUCUCGGGAGCGGUCUCUUCACUACUCGAACUGUGGAUGAAUUGCUGUGGGGCUACGAAGAUCCCUUGCUGGUCCGCGCCAAGCAAGGGAAUCCUGAAGUGGAGACGGUCUUUGGCCUCAUGUACAAGAAAAAUGGAAGUAACGACGGGGAAUUUGUCUACCACACUGGGAAGCAGAACUACAUGGAUUAUGGCCGUGUCGCAACAUGGAAAGGCGAAAGCAAGCUGACAUUCUGGAAGACUAACCAAAGCAACAGCAUCAAUGGAUCUGAUGGAAGUGCUUUCCAUCCCCUGCUGAACAAGGACGAACGCAUUUACAUCUUCACUCCAGACCUCUGCAGGUCGAUCCACAUGGAGUUUGAGAAAGAGGUAGAGGUGAAAGGAAUCCCAGCCUACCGCUUCACACCACCGCGCUCUGUCUUUGCCAGCAAAGAGGAGAACCCAGCCAACGAGGGUUUUUGCGUCACCCCAAAAGAGUGCCUGGGAACUGGCCUUCUUAAAGUCAGCCCCUGUCGGAAAGGUGCCCCAGUGGUCGCCUCCUUCCCACAUUUUUACCUGGGAGAGGACAAAUAUGCGGCUGCCAUUGAAGGAAUGUCUCCUCAAAGAGAGCACCACCAAACGUUCCUAGACCUUAACCCGACCACUGGAGUGAUUGUACGUGCAAACAAGAGAGCACAGAUAAACAUCUUGAUCGGCAAACUCUCUGGAUUCCCGAAUACUAGAGGCCUGAAUGACACAAUCUUUCCCGUCAUGUUCAUCAACGAGAGUGUGGUGAUUGAUGAUGCGUCUGCAGCAAGAGUACACAAGCUGCUGAUGAUUUCCACUACAGUGUCCAACUUCCCGCUCAUUAUUGUGGGACUUGGCGCCAUUAUGCUCGCAGUCCUCAUCAUCCUUCUGGUCAAGGCCCGCAAACAGACGAAUGAAGUUAAACGCACUGUGUUUACCAAGCCUCUCUAUUCUACCACCGCUGAAGAGGACGCCUCUUACUCUCCAGUCAGUGCCAUGGAAAAGGAAGAUCCUCAAAAUGGAACCUAUAUUGGUUUGACACCUAAAGGGGACCCACAAGCUUGAGGAGGGAGGGAGGGAAUGGUCAGACGGGGGCUAAAUACAUCAACAACCCUCAGAAUUAUAAAUAGGGAUUUGGGUUUUCAGGAGAGAGAUAGAGAAGAAUUGUCAAUAUCUCCUUUAUGAUUGGAAAUCUUCGGGGGUCAAGGGGUCGAUGAGGGGAACAUGUUUUUAGUCUCGAACAUACUGUACUGUAUGUUCUUAAUUUUAGCCUUGGAGAGCUACCUAAAGUCCAGGUCUACUCCCCAGAAAAAGUUUGACAUUCAUUCGAAAACAGUGUGUCGAGGGCUACUUUGCUGUUUGGUCAAAUCAGUUGCUGAAAGCUACGAUUCUCUAAUGAGUAGAGAUGGAGAUUGCACUUUGUGGUGGUCCUAAACAAGCAAAACACACCCUUUAUAAUCCUUUUAGUGCUGUGGCCUCACCUCAUUCUCUGUUUGCCUAGAUUGUGCCUUCGGAUUGUAGCGACUGACGGGGCAUAGAGGGUGAUUUGGGACCAUAAAGUCCAUAAAAUGUGAGUUUUUUUAGAUAUACGCCACUCUCAGGGGGCCUCUGCUUAGAUACUAUCGAACACUAUUAAAGAAGAGGAGAGAAGCAAAAACAUACGGCAUGUCUACUCUUUGUGAAGACUUUUAAAUCAAUUCAGUAUUAUACUAUGUUUCUUUCGCAUUUCAAACUAAAUGUUACAUAACCUUUUCAUGGCUUAUUAUUGUUUUCUAUUCAUGCACUGUAUUUAGAGGGAUAUCUGUGAACAUCAUUAGCACCGCACCGGAGAAACCGUCAGAGUAUAUUUUUGUAUAUAUACAGUGUAAGGUGUGUUGAACUGUUUACAUUCCUCUCAGUGUGUGAUUGGAAUGAAUAGCAGACAAAACACUGUAUAUUUUGGAUAUUUUAAUUUUUGUAAAAUAAGAAAUCCUCAUUUUUUUUUUUGUAAAUGUUAAUGUAGAAAUGUUUGAAUGAGGAACAUGCUAAGUUAGAGCUUCACAGCUGUCUUCUAUAAUGAGUGACACCUUUAUCGGCUGACUAAAGCCCUGAAUAUGACAAACAAUGAUUCAUAAAGUGCUGAAUUUGUAUGUUGACAGUAUUUCUGCCCUGUAUAACUGCUUACAUUAACUAACCACUAUAUCAAAAUGUAAUUCAGCUUAUUAUCAUUUCAAAAUGUGCUUUUUGAUGCUGUUGUUGAAGGCCUUAUUAGCAUUGUUGGUGCUGAAUAUAAUAGUUUGUGAAAGACUUAAUGUCAGGUGUCCAGCCGCCGCAACUCAAAACUCAUGAAGGUUCAAUAUGAAGAAACGCUGAAGUUGUGCCUUGAAAAGAAUCAAUGUUACUGAAGUUGUUUUGCCUUUCAUAGUUUUCACAUAUUUUGUGAAAAUAACGCCAUGUCACACCAACAAAUCUACUCUCAAGGGCAUAUCGUUUUCUUCCAGAUACCAAACAAAACUGAGCAUGAAACUGCUAGAAGUUUUCGACUUGCUGGCAGGGUCAAAGUGCACUUUCUCACUCAACGCUGGUGAAAAUAUUUGAUUUCAGGUGCCAUUUAAUGUGAUAUAGAACAUGCUGCAGCAUUACUACAUUUGAACUGUGUUGAGCCCAGCUUUUAUUCUUAGUUGCAUUUUAAGGAUGAAUGAGUUACUUCAUGCCGCGCCAUCAUUACAUGCACUGUAAUAAUCAGCAAUAAAUACACUAUAUCAGACACUAGCAAAGGAGCUGUAACAAGUUUAGAGAUUUCUGCGUCCUCAUUUGAUUUUACUAUUUGUGUUUGAUGUAAUCAGUUGUGUACAAUAAGAAAACCUAAUGAAAAUAGAAGAAAUGCAUAAUGUAGUUUCAUCAUGAAUUCAUGAGAGGGUGAAUGAAUGGAUAAAGCAAUCUUUUUUUUUUCAUGCAAAAGAUACAGUAUUACACAAUGCUAGUGUUGUGGUUAAAAAGAAUAAAUUAUUUUGUUGCGUUGGUAAAACCAAAACACAGAAAGCACCAUAUGGACUGCACACUGGGCUACGUAUACUUUGAUAAAAGAUUGUAUACUUUCUGAAAUGAUCGUUACUGCUAUAACCACUUCUAAUUGUCAGCUUGUUUUGAAACGCUGCCUGUUAGUACUGUUUUUACUGUGUACACAAUAAAUAAAAAGUAGUUUCAAUAAA